AUGAGCGAAGAGAUUCAUGAUGGUAAUCUUCACAAUGAUUGCGUGCAGAACUGUGAGCAGAAGGAGCAGACACUGUUGAAUGUGGAGUUGAACAUGUUGGAGCCAACUCAGGGCCCAGCAACCCAGGCCCCCAGCGGGCCACGCCCACCGCCCAUCCUGAAUGCAGCAUGCCCUCCAGGCAGCCGCCUUGUGCUGCCUGCUGUCCUCCCCACCAUGCCUGUGGUGACAGCAGGUACUGCUGCCUGUGGCCCAAACCAGACUGGCAACCUCAACAUCCUCCUCCAGUUGAGCACUCAAGGGCAAGUGGUGGAGCCUCCACGCUCUCAGACCUUGGUCUUUCAUCAAGCCCCUCUCAACUGGAGUGUCCAGGGGGCCCUCUGCGCACAGGCAAAGAAGCCUGCUCCCCUCUUGCUGCCCAAGUCUUCCCUGCAGCCAGUAGCGCCUGCACCAACCAUAAUCAGGGCUCAGGGCACCCAGCAGGGCUGCACACAGGGAGCAGCUCCACCACCUCCAGCUCCACCACCGGCUGUCCAGAUGGCUCCCACGCUGUGCCCCGCAGACAACGGGCCUCCACAACAGGGAGCAAGCACAGAGGGCUCCUUGCCUACUUCCAAGGACAAAGCUCCAUCGGGGGAUUCCAGCGUCUACAACAACUUCCGGCGCUGGCAGCAUUUCAAGACCCUGGCCCGCAGGCACCUCCCGCAGAGCCCUGAUGCCGAAGCUCUAGCCUGCUUCCUCAUCCCGGUGCUGCGCACGCUGGCCCAGAGGAAGCCCAGCAUGCCACUGGAUGAUGGCAUGCGGAUUGCCAUGCGGGAAUGGCAGCACAAGAGCAACUUUGACCGCAUGAUCUACUAUGAAAUGGCAGAAAAGUUCACGGAGUUUGAGGCAGAGGAGGAGAUACAAAUUCAAAACCUGGGGUGGAAGAAAGAGAACCUGUGCCAGCCCCUGCCAACACCACAGCAGCUGGCUCCUCCUGGGCCCCCAAGCCCUGUGGCCCUCCAGCAACCAGCCCACUCCAGGUGCCGUCGGCAGCUUGUGCUGGACCAGCCCCACCAGCUCACAUGCCCAACAACCGCCCUCUGCAACGUGGCUGAUGCGGAGCUCGAGCCCCUGAACCUCACUCGCCUCUUUCCUCCCAUAGAGCAUGCCCGCGAGAAGAACAGCUCCAAAGCUCUGCCCAACAAACCCUUGCCACAAAGACACCAGGCCUCUCGGGAAAGGACACCCAAGGAGAUCCCUCCAGAGGCCGUGAGCGAGUACAUGGACAUCAUGGAUGCACUGCUGGAGCUGGGGCCCUCCGCCUCGGGCCAGCCCAGUGAACAGCCAGAAGAGGACGGCAUGCUGCAGCCCCAGCAGGAGGGACUGGGCCCCGACCCAGAGCUCCUGAGUUACCUUGACCAGCUGUGCUCCCAAGAUGACUUUGUCACCAAGGUGGAGACCAUCAUCCAUCCACGAUUCCUGGAAGAGCUCCUUUCACCAAAUCCACAGCUGGAUCUCGUGGCCCUAGCCGAAGAGCUGGACAAGGACAAGGAGGAAGGGCUGAACCCUGACCAGGUGGUGGACAAGAACCUCUGGCCCUUGAAGACGGAUGGCACCAUGCGGGAAAAACCCAGGCCUGCGACACCCCUACUGGAAGCCAGUACUUCGGAUUCCAGAGCCCUGCAAGGCACACAGAGAGAUGACCGUGCUCCCAGCCCUGGGCUCAGUGCGGAGACCUCCGCCCAAAGCAUGUCUUGCUGGAAGCCUGAGAGAUGCGUGGUCCCAGACACCCGCCUGUCCAUGCACAAAGACAAUGCUGGCUUCUCUGGGGACAAGACAUGUCCUUUACUGGGGGACAUUAGGCCCACUUCUCCCAGAGCCCCUUCCACACAGGUGCCCAAGGCAGCCAGGGCUUCACAAGGACAAUGCUCUGUGGAGGAGCCACCACCAGUCGUGGAUCUGACUGGUGAGGACGACGAGGAACUGCCCAGCCUGGCCUUCUUCCUUGAUUCACAGCACCAUCUGCUGCCCUUGAGACUUGCCCAGAGCCAGGUCUCUGCUGAGGACCUGCCUUGUCCUGCACCUGGGAAACCAGGCAGAGCACACAAGCCCACCUCCAAUCUUGGAAGGGCCUUCACUGGUCCUCCACCACCUGCUACCAAUAGCAAGAAGCAGGCUCUUCUAGCGGACCCAGGCCCUAGACUAAACAAGCCUUGCCCGAGGGCUGGCUCCAAGGCCUCUGCAGAACAGGCCCCAGCUCUGGAGUCUGUGCCACACUGCCAGGCUCACAAGAGGAAGGCUGACUCCUGGGGCGAUAUAAACAAAAAGAUGCGAUACUGA